AUGACUUCAAUUUAGAAAAUUAGUAACAAGCUAAGCUUUAAACAUAAUGCUUGGGAAAUUUUAGAUUAAAAGCAUUUAUAAAACUUUAUUUAAAUAAUUAAAACUUGUGCUGCCUCCUUUAAAGAGAUCAGUAUAAGCUUGGAUGGUGAUAACAUUAGAGAUAAAUCUGUUUUAAUCAGUUUAAUAAACUAGAUAAAAUUUUUUACUUCUGCUUAAAAUCUUGAAAUUAAUUUCGGCUAUUUAAAUAUAUUAGAAGUUGAUGCUUUUAAAACUCUUUUUUCAAAUAUUUUAGAAUUGAAGUAAUUAAAUAAGCUUUCUCUAGUCUUUGACACAAAAGUUGUUGGUAUAAGAAAAUUUGAAGAAUAUUAAUUAAUAUCUUCACUUUUUAAAUAAUUGCCUCAAUUAGAUAUUUUAGAAUUAAAAUUACAUAAAGAUAAUUUAAUCGAUUUUGGAAAUUCAGGCAAUUUAGUAUCUUUAUUUAUUUAGUAAACAUAAAUAAAAAUUUUGAAAUUAGAACUAAAAGAUAAUAACUUAAAAAAUACUUUUAUGGUUAAUCUAACAAAAGACUUUAGUAAAUUAUUCUAACUUUAGCAAUUAGAUCUAACUCUAAAGAAUAGCGAGAGUCCAAUUGACCUUAAAUUAAUUAUUUAGAAUCUAUUAUUGUUAAAUUUAGAAACUCUUUUUUUAACAGUAGAAAGAUGUUAGAUUUAUGAAAUUGAAAGUAAUAUCUGCGAAAUAAAUAAUUAAUCAUAAAACUUAAUAAAAUAUACUAGCAUAAGAUUUGUUGAAAUCGAAAAUAUUGACAAUGUUAUUAAAUAUGUUUUAAGCAAUAUAAAUCGCUUUGAAAAUUUCUAUUUUUAUUUAGAUAAAAUUAAGGUCUUAGAAAACUUAUAAACAGAGAGUCAAACAUGCAGAGAUGAACUAUCUAAUUUAAUACAUUUUAAUUUCGAAAUUUUAAAUACAAUUGUUUCUCAGUCAUUUAUUAGCAAUAUUAAUAGAACUUUACUAAAUGUGUUCAAAGAUAUUAAAUAAUUAAAAAUUUCUUUAAAUAAAUAUAAAAUGCAAUUAGAAAAUUUUGAUGAAAGUACUAAAAACUUCAAAUUUGUUUAUGAUUAUUUUAAUAAUGAGGAAUUCUUAAAUUAAAUCUAAGAAUUAAACUUCUACUAAAAAUAAAAUUAAUGUUUUAAAAUACUAUAAAUAUCAGAAUUAAGUAGCAUUUAAUUUGCUCAUAUACCAAAAAUUAUCUCUUUAGAUGAAAUUUAUAUUAAGUAAACUAUCAAUUAGGAGUGUUUAAAUGGAUUAGAUAAAUUCUUGGAUUCAUUAGAUGGAGUUGAUCUUAAAAUAUUUUAACUUGAACUACAUAAUAAUUAAUACUAAUAAUUCAACAUAGACUAACUUGUAAAAGUUUUAACAAAAUUUAGAGGCGUCACGAAUUACACGAUAGAUACCGAAAAUAUUAGAAAUAACAGAUAAAACAAAAAGAUUUAUUAUCUAAUUGAAAAGUCCAAAUGA